ACAAAAAAAACUUUUAAUUAAUUAGUUUAAAAAUAAUAAUGAUGAAAGAUUUUUUUUUAUAUUGAAAGUGUUUAAAAUUAAUUGGUUAGUGAAUACAGGACAUAAGUCAUGAAAGUAGUUGGACAUUGAUUGACAUUGGAGGGACAUGGAUAUAAUGUAACGGAUUUUAAUGUCAUUAACUGAUUUUUGUCGAUAAUUUGAAUUGUCACCGAUGGAAUAUGAAUAAUUUUUAUCAUGGAAAAAGUGUCAUAAAGAUAUUCAUCAUAAUUAUUAUCGUCAAUAGCAUCAUCACUUUCCAAUUUACCAACUAAAUUUUAUCAACGUCAUUUUUAAUGUGUAAAUAUAUGUCAUUAUGAUAAAAACAUAUUUGAGUGAUUUAAAAAAAUAUAUUUUUGUGAUGUCAACAAUUUUUACUUGAAUACUCGAGUUUAUUUUACAUAAAUAUAUCAAGUGAAUUUUACAUGAGUGAAGGAGUUUUAUAUAUAUUUUAAUUAUGUUUUUAUUUAUUUUUUUAUAUCAGUGAAUUUAAAACGUAUGACGUUUAUGAUAAUGAUGAUUUAAAAAAAUAAUAUGCCAAUAAAAAAAAAUGAUGGUAAUAAUCAGUGAUGAAGAUUAAUUAGUCGUAUAUUUGAUAUAUAUUUAUUGAAAAUAUCAUCAGGACAUCGUGUUUGUUAAAAAACGAGUCCUAAAAAAAUAUUUUUCUUUAAUUUUAAAUUCAACAAAUAAAACAGAUGUCACGUAGAAAACAACAAGUUCCACAACGCAUGAAAUAUAUAUAGUCUGGGUAAUAUACGAGCCUUGCAUCUGUUCCCGGAGUGACGCAACGUCCCGCCAUAGAUCACACCCAGGCUUUUAGAGAGUGAAGGCUGUUAAGGAGGGCGCCAUGCGAGGGUGCUUUUAUAACUGCGUGACAAGGGGACAUAGAGAGAUAGGUAAGUAGUGGUCUCCAAUUGUUGAAAAAUCAAGCGGCUAAUUUGCCGCGCCGGACGGAAGAUAUGCGCAGCAAGCAGCAACCGAGGCCUUCUUUUCGGUGGCCACAGCAACGCGGUGAUAACGUUACCGGGGACGAUGGAAUAGAAGGAGCAGGUCCUGGCACAGAAUUACAAGCUGAAGAGGGUGAUUGUGUAGAUGAAGAUGGACCAAUUAGUCCUAGUGAUCGUGGCUGUCCACCUACUGCAAAAGAUGAUGAAAAUGCAGAUGCAAGUGAUGACGAUGAUUCAACACCAAGUCCAUCAGCACAAUCACUAUCAGCUGCUCAGUUAAACCUAACAGAUCUUCGAGACACUCGACCGCCUGACAGAGAACCAAUGAGCCCACGCUGUCCUUCAAGAGACUCACGAGAAUCAUCUGGUCCAGUAACCGAAAGCCCACCACCUGACGCCAGUCAUAAUAGUACUAGCCCAGUCAGCCCAAGCAGCAUUGCUCCUCUACCUCUGGGAAAUCAUCCUCUUUUGCCACCGCAUUCUGCAGCAGUCAUGGCAGCAUAUAUACAACAAACACAUCAAAGACUUCUUCUUGGGCAUUCACCUUUAUCGGCACGAGGUUCUGUAUCGCCAUUAGUAUCGUCUUCGUGUUCACCUCCUGCAGUCACACCAAGCAAUCUUGUAUCUCCGACACGUACUGGUGAGGUAUCACCUACCAGUACCCCCCAACCAGCAGUACUCGACUUUAGCACGAGAAAAGCUUCGUCGACUGAAGAAGAAGAGGAUGAACAAAUUUUGAAUUUAAGUAAACCUUCGACUCCAUCUUCAUCCAGUGAAACUAAUAAUGGUCCUCUAGAUUUAUCUUUCUCGAGUCGUAAACGGGGCCCACAAGAUAAAUCACCACCACCACUCCCACGAAAAUCAUCAAGACACAGUACGCCAUCUACUAAUCAAGAAUCGGCAUCAACACAAUCUUUUGGUAGACCGCCUGUUGUGUCGCCAUGGACAUCACCUGUAGUUGCUUCACAUUUUCCAUAUUUUGCUGCUGCUGUUGCUGCAGCUACUAGUCAGCAACAAUUAUCACCUAAAAGCACACCAGUGGAUCCUCAUCAUUCGUGGAAUGGUAAAAUGAAACCACCACCAUUGGACAAACCGUAUCAGCCUAGUGAAGCAACUAAAGCACUUGAAAAAAUGAGUGAAUUAAGUAAAUUAGGAGGUGAGGAAAUGUACAGAAGUUCAUCUGGAUCAGGUGGAAGCUCGGCAGGAAGCACACCGAGUGGAGCGUCUGGUAGUCGGCAUAGUGCAUGGCAGUCUCACUGGUUAAACAAAGGUGCAGAUCAAGCUAAAGAUGUACUCAAAUGUGUUUGGUGCAAACAAAGUUUUCCAACAUUAGCAGCAAUGACAACACACAUGAAAGAAGCCAAACAUUGUGGUGUUAAUAUGCCCGUCCCAUCACCUUCAUCAGGGCAUCAGCCAUCAUUACAGUCAAUUCAACAUUCAUCACCACAAUCACAAUCAUCAGGAGGAGGAAACAAUAUGACACCAAAUAAUAAACAAAGUCCAUCUGAACUAAAUCUGCUCAUCAAAGAGACAAUGCCUCUUCCAAGAAAACUUGUCCGGGGACAAGAUGUAUGGCUUGGUAAGGGUGCUGAGCAAACAAGGCAAAUUCUUAAGUGUAUGUGGUGUGGACAAAGUUUCCGGUCUUUAGCAGAGAUGACAUCACAUAUGCAACAAACACAGCAUUACACAAAUAUUAUUUCACAAGAACAGAUUAUAUCAUGGAAAUCAUCUGAUGAUAGUAAAGGUGGUAGUGGCGGUGGUUCUAGUGGAAUUGGUGGUACAGGUUCAGCAGGAAGUGCUGGAGGAAUUUCACCAAGCACUGGGGGUUCUGGUGGUAGUAAUGUUGGUGGUGGUGGAGGUGGUGGUAAUCAGCAUAGCAGUAGUACUGGUGGUCCUGGAGCUGGGGCAACAAGCAGUCAUGUGAGUGCAGUUCUAACAUGCAAAGUUUGUGAUCAGGCAUUCAGUUCCUUGAAAGAACUAAGCAAUCACAUGGUCAAAAAUUCACAUUAUAAAGAACAUAUUAUGCGUUCAAUAACUGAGAGUGGUAGCCGUCGAAGGCAGACCAGAGAAAAGCGAAAAAAAUCAUUACCAGUUAGAAAACUUCUUGAACUUGAGAGGGCGCAAAAUGAAUUUAAAAAUGGUGAUAGUAUAACUGGAUUAAAUCACAGUUUAGGCAAACAUGCUGGAAGAAUUACGUGCGAAAAAUGUGGAGAAAAAAUUGAAACAUCAAUAUUUGUAGAACACAUACGCCAGUGUAUUGGUGCUGGUACGAUAGGUGUAAAUCAAAGGAAUUUUUUGAAAAAUGCACUCAUGUCAAAUCAUAUGCCUCAAGUACUUCCACCUAAUGAAAGCGGUCGGAAAAGUGUCAAUGAAGAAACAUCUUCUGUUUCUUCAAGGCAUCAUAGAUCACCGUCUUCAGCAAGUGAUGCGACAACUCCUGGCAAAGAACCUUCUAAUACGAAUGAAACAGGAGGAAGUACAGGAACUUCAUCACCAUCUGUCCUAAAUGCAAUCGAGAAAUUAAUUGAAAAAAGUUUUGAUUCUCGAGUGCGACAUGGUCAACCUGGUCUUCACCAUGCGCAGCCAGGUGCUCCUAUUGGAUCGAGCAUUCUUAAGCGUUUAGGAAUCGAUGAAAGUGUAGAUUAUACAAAGCCUCUAGUAGAUCCUCAAACAAUGAAUUUAUUGAGAAAUUAUCAGCAACAGCAGCAGCAACAUUACAAUUCUAUAAAUGCAGCAGCACGUCGAGAGCGCAGUGGCAGUGAGUCUAGUUCAAUAUCAGAAAGAGGAAGUACCCGAACAGAUACCAUGACACCUGAAAGACGUUUAGAUUUGUCAAUGAAUCAUGAGAGACUUUCAAAUUCAUCACACCGUCAUCCGGCAACUCCUGAUAAAUCACGCUCCACACCAACUCGGCAAUCAAUACCUGAUGACUUUGGAGAAGAAGAUUCAGUUGUUGUAAAAAAAGAGCCCAAAGAUGAUGAUGUUGAUCAAUCAGUCACAAAUGAAAAUGAACAGACAACAGAAACUAGGAAUAUAAUGGUAAAAAAAGAAUUUGCUGACGACGGUAGAGAUGAAAAUGAACCAAGUUCUUUCAACAAUCAUGGCAAAGAUGAUGAAAAUAUCGAAGAUAGCAGAGGAGUUUCUCCUGUUAAUCCAUUAACUCCAAGGCCCCCAAGUCAAAUUGAAAUUCCACCAGCAAGAAGUCCAUGUCGAAAUAGCACGAGUAGUCCUGCAAGUAGUGAUCGUUCAGUGACACCUCGAGGAACUCCCGAUACAAAGGCGACGAGCAGUUUAGGUGCUUUAUCUUCCAUGUUUGAUAAUUUAUCUGGCGGUGGUGGAGGUUCAAAUACCAAUGCAGAUUCUCAAGGACGUAAAACAAGUAGUCAUCCACUUGCAGCUCUGCAAAAGCUUUGUGAUAAGACUGAAACCCGUGGUUCAAGUAGUUCUAGAUCUGGAAGCAGAGAACAAACAAAUACUUCCGGUGGCAGUAGUUCCGGUACGCCUGGACAAGGACCAGCUCCAGGUGCAAUUUUAGCAUUUAGUUGGGCUUGUAAUGAUGCAGUAGUCACUUCUGAUUCUAUCAUGAAAUGUGCAUUCUGCGAUACGCCAUUUAUUUCAAAAGGAGCGUAUAGACAUCAUUUGUCUAAAAUGCAUUUUGUUAAAGAUGGUGCAAUUGCUGAUCCUUUGUCUAUGGGGAGAUCAAAUAAUGAUGGAGCGACAACGGGCAGUACAACACAGCCGUCGAGUGGUAGUGGUCCAAGUCACAGUGCAUCAUCACCACCAAGCUCUCAGCACAACAAGUCACCACCUAUUCCACAGUCUAAUGGUAGUCCUUCCCAACCGGCUUCCUCGCCACUUGAAGAAAGUCCUCACUCAAAGUUUCUUAAAUAUACUGAGCUGGCAAAACAAUUGUCCAGUAAAUACGUAUAGUCCGGGCCCUGUAAGUAACAGUGCCAUUUGUACAUUAGUGUAUUCAUAAUAUAAACUGACUGCGUAUAAGCCAAGUAGUUAAUAUAUAAAGUUUCCUUCUGGCCUCUCUCUUUUUUAUUGUAUAUCAUGGAAUCAUCUAUCAUGCAUUCUCAUUUAAUUAUUGCCGUGGUGCAUUCAUAAUCGAAAAAAUUAAUUCAAUUGAUUUAUUUAAACAUUUUUAAUAGUGAUUGAUUCGUCUACGAAGAAAUCAAUUCUGACUGAUUUGACUAGUAAAAUAAUUUUUUUCGAUUGUUGAAUGUAUCACGCUAAUAUUUUUCCAUUUCUCCAAUCGAAGAUUCAUUUGAAAAAUGAUUUUUUCUGUAAAAACAACGAAGAGACUGGCUAGUAGAGUGACUUUUUUGUGCUCAUCUUUUCUUUUCGUUCUUAUCGCAAAAAAAAAAAAAUUUGAUCGUUCGUAGAUUUGUCAAAAAUUAACAAGUGACGUCACUUUAUUAAUUAAAUAAAACAAUUUAUAAUUUGAAAAUAUCUGCAGUAGAUUUUUAAUGAAAAAAAAAUUCAAAAAUAGAUCUUUUAUAAACUGAUUAAUUCAAAGAAACUAAUCAGAUAUUUUCCAGUUCUAUUUUAGUACACAAACGAUCAAGAUUUUUUUGGCGAAAUUCUUUGAAAUAUUAAUUUAUUUUCUUUUCAAAUUGAAUUCUUCAAAAAAAUUGAAACAAAAAAUACAUAAAUACGGUGAAAUUUUGAAAAAUUGAUAGUGUAAUCUCUAAUCAAUUCAAUAAUGUAAUAUUAGAGCAAGAGUUCAAGUUUUUUAACGAUUCAUAUUUUCUUGUUUGCUAGUCUUCAAAAUUUCAUCACGAAGUUUAUCAGUAUAUUAGAAAUGACAUUAUAUAUAUUUUUUCAAUUUUUCAAGUAUAAAAUCAAAUCUUUUUGUCAUGAUUAAAAUUGUACUACAAAUACCAUUGAGAAUAUCAAAUUAAAAAUGUAAAAAAAAUUGUUGAUAAAAAAGCUCCGAACUCGUAUGUUAUGCAUAUGCGUGUAAAAUAAAGUCGAAGUGCAUUAACUUAUUGUGAUGUCACCAUAUCUCGUGGCAAUUAAGCUGAGUCAUAAUUGACUCAGUGCGUCGCCAAUCUUUGUGAUGUUUAGAACAUAAAAAAUUGAAUUUAAACCACGUCAAAUAAACUCAACAAAAAAAUAAAUUAACGAAAUCAAAAACGAAAAAGUGAACUGCAAUGGUUUUAUUGAUAUGAAUAAUAAAGUGGCGAGUAAAUAAAAAUUUUGAAUCGACUUUAAAAUAAAGAAAAAAUUACAAUACAAUUAUUGUAAUUAGUUUGACUCAACUAGAGCCAAAUGUCACUAUGUAUACCACUUUUUAAAUAAUUAUUAGGUUAAUAGGCAUAAACUAGAAUUAGCGCUCGCUCUUGUAUAGAAAUCUCUAUGGUGAUACUAAAAGAAAUGCAGCGCACAUAUAUAUAUAUAACCCAAAGAGGGUAAAAAAAAAAAAAGUAAAUAGAAUGAUAAGAAAAGAUGAGUCCGCCAUGCGGUGCAAUAUACCGAGGUUCAUUAUUGUAAACAUAUUUGAGCUGCCGUUCCUUUAUUAGCGAUUGCUUAUAUGUUUUUUUUUUAUAACCUUGUUUUCUAUUUUCUGCUGUUUAAAAAUAUUUUAUCAUGCAAGAUACCUAAAGAUAAACAAAUAAAAAUCUUAUAGACUAUUUGUAAAUUUUAUUUUGGUUUUAAAGUAUAUUUAUUAAUUCUGUCACAUUGAGCCAACGCGUGAUGUCACGUGUAAAAAAAAUGUAAUAAAAUACUAUCAUUACGAUUAUUUGAAUAAAUGCUAGAAAGAAUAAUAUAAGUUUAAAGAAAAAAAAAAAAAACAAUUUAAAUACUGUGUAUAUUGAAUUUAUCGUAUACAUAUGAUCUAUAUAAAAAUUUAAGAACAAUGUGAGUAUGAGAAAAGAUGACGAAUAGUGAUAUUGCGAGUUGAAAAGGGCGCGUAUGAGUGUGAAUAAGUCAGAAAAAAAAUAAAAGAUAGAAAUUAAAAAAAAAAUUAGUAUGAAUGCUCUCUUGAGAGUGGAAUGUCAUAAUGUCAAAAUCAAACCAAUUGUAUGAAUGAGAAUGAACUGAAUUUACAGUGGAUUUAACAAAAUAUUGUAGGUCUUUAAUGGCAGGGCAAUUAUAAAAAAAAUAAAAUAAAACAAAAUAAACAUUUAAAUAAAAAAAAAAAACACUUGUAUACGUAUUCCUUGUAAACUCUAAUUCUUCCAUCGAGAACUUUUAAAGUAUUUAUCAGCGUAAUAAUGAUGAUAAAAAAAUAAUAACAAUGAUAAUAAUAAAUAAAAUAUUAUUAUAAUAACUCUUUAUGACUGCUAAGCGUGUGAUGAUUGAAAAUAAAUUCAUAUUGUUCUGAGCAAAUAAUAAAAAAAAAAAAAAACUAUAGGUGACGAAAUAUAAUACUAAAAAAAAAUUGUACGC